GUCUCCCCGGCGUGUCACGGCAGCUCUCGCGGGGGAGGAAGAAGGAGCGCCCGGGGCGCCGAGGGGCUGAACUUUGGAGCCUCUGCCCCUUAUGGGGCCGGUCCCGAGUGGGGGGCGGCGGCGGCGGGGGAGGCGCUGUUGCUGCCGCUGCCGCCCUGUGUGAGGCGAGCUCCCUCCCGCCGGAGCGGCCCGGGGAGAAACUCCGCUCAGGUCGGCACCCCCCGCUAGUGCUGCCGCUGCCGCCGGGCCAGCGCGGCGCGGACGCGUCUCUGCCGGGGAAGCCCCCAGCGCUGCCCGGCCAUGGAGGAGGGCGAAGGCGGCGCGCGGGAGCCUGGGUCCGGCAUUCCCAGGGUUGAUCCAUAUGGAUUUGAAAGGCCAGAAGACUUUGAUUAUGUGUCAUAUGAAGAAUUCUUUUCUAGAUAUCUGGUGAUACUCACUAGAAGAGCAAUAAAAUGGUCAAAGCUUCUAAAGGGGAAUAAUAGGAUACAGAAAAGUUUAAAAGUGAAGAGAUAUAUCAGGAAAGGCAUUCCCAAUGAGCAUCGUGCGCUGAUCUGGAUGAUUGUAAGUGGAGCCCAGGCCAACAUGGAACAAAACCCUGGAUACUAUAAUAAACUUCUUGAGGGAGAGAAGAGUGACACGCUGGUGGAAGCAAUUAAGACAGACAUGAACAGAACAUUUCCAGAUAAUGUACAGUUCCGCAAAACUGCUAAUCCCUGUUUACAGCAGACACUCUACAAUGUAUUAGUAGCAUAUGGGCACCAUAAUAAAACAGUGGGAUACUGCCAGGGCAUGAAUUUCAUAGCUGGAUACCUGAUUCUUAUUACAAAGAAUGAAGAGGAAUCCUUUUGGUUGUUAGAUGCUCUCAUUGGACGAAUAUUGCCUGAUUAUUAUAGUCCAGCAAUGAUGGGGUUGAAGACCGAUCAGGAGGUCCUUGGAGAACUUGUGAGAAAGAAAGUUCCAGCAGUGGCAGAGUUAAUGGAUAGACAUGGUGUCAUGUGGACUCUGAUAGUGUCACGCUGGUUUAUAUGCUUGUUUAUUGACAUUCUUCCAGUAGAGACUGUUCUCCGUAUUUGGGACUGUAUAUUCUAUGAGGGAUCAAAAAUCAUCUUUCGUGUGGCCUUAGCAUUAAUUAAGCAACACCAAGCUUUUAUUUUGGAAGCCACAAAUCUCCCUGACAUUUGUGAUAAGUUUAAGCAGAUCACCAGAGGGACAUUUGUAACAGAGUGCCACACCUUUAUGCAGAAAAUAUUUACAGAACCUGGAAGCUUGUCCAUGGCAACAGUUAAUAAACUUCGAGAGACUUGUAGAGCAAAGCUGGUUGCUCAGGGAUCAACCAACAAUAUUUAAACAGAUGGACAGUUACCACAGAAAUUAACACAUUCCUCUACUUUAAUUGCACUGACGGAAACCCAAUUUCUAAACUUUCCAUAAGUGUCAAUUGACACUUGACCAAUUUUUCCUGCCUUUCAAGUAAGUGUUGCAAACAUUUUGUACUUUGUCAGUAAUCUGGUAACUUGAACCUUUUACAGAUGGUUUAGAAUGUUAUCAGAGUAGAAUGUGACCAAUGUGGGAUACUUCUUUAAAAAAUCACUACCCUUGUUUUUCUUCAGGGCAUUUUGUAAUGUCUGAGUAAAUAGCUGGAUAGAGCUGUAUGUACAAUUCUGUAUAUUAAUCAUAAAACAGCCAUUUGUACAAAAUAAAUUCUAUUUAUUAG